AUGCCAGUAUGCGGAGAGAAGCCCUUCGAGUGUACACACUGCCCCAAGAAGUUCGCGAGGGAAUAUCUGCUGCACAUUCACCUCAGGACCCACACAGGAGAGAAGCCCUUCGGAUGUACAUACUGCGACAAGAAAUUUACUCGAAAGGAAUUCUUACGCAGACAUCUCCAGACCCACACAGGAGAGAGGACUUUUGAGUGUACACUCUGCGACAAGAAAUUUGCGUUCUCUGAUACUUUGCGCAAACAUCUCCGAACCCACACAGGAGAGACGCCUUUGGAGUGCAUCAUCUGCAACAUGAAAUUUGCGCGGUCUGAUUCUCUGCGCACACACGUCCGGACCCACACAGGAGAGAAACCUUUUGAGUGUACAAUCUGCUGCAAGAAAUUUGCUAACAAGACCAACUUGGGCAGACAUCUCCGAACACACACCGGAGAGAAGCCCUUCGAGUGUACACUCUGCAACAAGAGAUUUGCGGUAAUGGAUAAACUCCGCCAACACCUUCGGACCCACACAGGAGAGAAGCCUUUUGAGUGUACAUUCUGUGACCAGAAAUUUUCUCAAAAGGCCAUCUUGGUCACACAUCUCCGGACCCACACAGGAGAGACGCCUUUUGAGUGUACACUCUGUAACAAGAAAUUUGCGUGUUCUGGUUAUUUGCGCACACACCUUCGGACCCACAGC